AUGGCUGAUGAAGAAGUAUUAUUUGAUGAUAUCUAUGACUUAUGUGAGAUAAUUGGCAAGGGACCCUUCAGCUUGGUACGACGAUGUGUUCAUAGGGAAAGUGGUCAACAUUUUGCGGUAAAGAUAGUAGAUGUAGCACGUUUUGCAUCUAGUCCCGGCCUAAGCACCGAUGAUCUUAAACGUGAAGCAACAAUUUGUCAUAUGCUUAAGCAUCCUCAUGUCGUCGAAUUAUUAGAAACAUACAGUUCUGAGGGCAUGCUCUAUAUGGUUUUUGAAUACAUGGAAGGAUCUGACUUAUGUUUUGAAGUAGUUCGUCGCGCACAAGCCGGUUUUGUUUACAGUGAAGCAGUGGCAUGUCAUUAUAUGCGGCAAAUUUUAGAAGCUUUGCGAUAUUGUCAUGAGAACGAUAUAGUGCAUAAGGAUGUUCGACCACAUUGCGCAUUGCUGGCAACAGCAGACAAUAGCGCGCCGGUCAAGCUCGGGGGUUUCGGAUCAGCAGUACAAUUACCUGAUGAUCGAGAUUAUGUUGACGAUUCUGGUCGCUCAGGAUCAUGGCACUAUGCUCCGCCGGAGUCUGUUACGAUGCGACGUUAUGGAAAGGCUGGAGAUGUAUGGGGAGCCGGUGUACUGCUUCACGUGCUACUUAGCGGCAGACUUCCUUUCACAGGCAGUGGCAUGCGUCUUCAAGAGAGUAUUAUUCGUGCACGCAUUACGUUAGCAGGACCAGAAUGGAAACCAGUCAGUAAUGCUGCAAAGGAUCUUGUAACCCGUAUGUUAUCUAGAGAUUCUCAUGAUAGGCCCACAAUACAGCAAGUUCUCGACCAUCCUUGGUUAAGAUUAAAAGUGGAUAGAGAAAGAGAUCGACAUAAAAAUGUGCAUUUGUCAGAAACAGUAGAUGAACUUCGUAGGUUCAAUACACGUCGAAAAUUAAGUGCAGCAGUUAGAUCUGCUGCUGGUGUCUAUGGAAGUUGGAGUGGUGGUACAAGUGAAUAUGGUGGUGAUGGAAAUGAGGACUGGUGUGAUGAAUCAUCUUUUGUAGCAGUUGCUAAUAUAUUGGAUAGUUUGGAUGAUAUUAAUGCUUUACAAGACCCUUAUACAGAUAUAGAUGUUAUGCAUGGUAUAUUACAAGAUCGAAAACUUCAUAAUUUACUUGAGUUAUAUGACAAGAUAUACUCUACGGUUGCAUAUCCAAUGCGGAAUCCUUUAAGUGUAGCUGAAGCGCGAUAUCGUGCUGUUCUUGAAGCAGCCGAACACCAAGAUGGACGAGUAUCGCGUGAUUUGCGAGAAUUCGUUGCAAUUAUGACUUCCACUCAUAUGCAGGUUUUACUUCAGACACACGAUUCGGUGGCACGUGAGGUAUACUCCGAAGAUGCUCUCCGAAUUACGCCACCUUCAUUGAAUCCCAAAGGAUUUUUGAACGGCAGUGACAACAUAGAUGGUUCAGAAUUGGAAGAAUCAGGCUGUGAUUUGCAGCCGCACAUCACUCGUGUUCGGCUAGUGCAAUUUCAAAAAAAUACAGAUGAGCCAAUGGGAAUUACUUUGAAGAUGACGGAUGACGGCCGAUGCAUUGUGGCACGUAUUAUGCACGGUGGAAUGAUACAUCGGCAGGCUACACUUCACGUCGGGGACGAAAUACGUGAAAUUAACAAUCUCCCGGUACACAACCAAACUGUUAAUUCCCUGCAGCGCCUGCUGAGGGACGCCAGAGGUUCUAUAACUUUCAAAAUCGUUCCAUCAUACAGAAGUGCACCGCCUCCUUGUGAGUUAUUCCGGAUUAGGCCUACACCUGUAUUAGUAUUUGUACGUGCCCAGUUUGACUAUGAUCCUUUGGAAGAUGAUUUAAUACCAUGUGCUCAAGCUGGUAUUUCCUUCAAAGUUGGGGAUAUAUUGCAGAUUAUCAAUAAGGAUGACUAUCACUGGUGGCAAGCAAGAAAGGAUGCUGUUGAAGGGUCUGCUGGAUUAAUACCUUCUCCUGAACUUCAAGAGUGGCGAAUAGCAAAUGCGGCUCUUGAAAAGAAUAAGAACGAACAAGUUAAUUGCUCUAUAUUUGGAAAAAAGAAUAAAAAAUGCAGAGAUAAAUAUCUUGCAAAACAUAAUGCUGUUUUUGAUGGAUUGGAUCUUGUUACCUAUGAGGAAGUUGUGCGACUCCCAAUAGGUGACCCCACCUUUAAGAGAAAAACUUUAGUACUUUUGGGGGCGCAUGGAGUUGGUCGAAGGCAUAUAAAAAAUACAUUGAUAGCGAGACAUCCAACAAAAUAUGCAUAUCCUUUACCUCAUACUACACGUCCUCAGCGACCUGAUGAAGAGAAUGGUCUGAACUAUUGCUUUGUCAGCCACGAGGAAAUGGUUGCAGAUAUUCAAGCAAAUGAAUACCUUGAAUAUGGUACUCACGAAGAUGCAAUGUAUGGAACCAAAUUAGAUACAAUUAGAAGAAUUCACAUGGAAAACAAAAUAGCAAUAUUAGAUGUCGAACCACAGGCCCUGAAAAUUUUGCGUACUGCUGAAUUCGCUCCAUUUGUAGUAUUUAUAGCCGCACCUAUACUGCAAAAUAUUGCUGAUUAUGAUGGAAGUUUGGAAAGGCUUGCGAAAGAGUCAAACCUUCUAAGGCGAGCCUAUGGACACUUCUUUGAUGUCACAAUUGUUAACAACGAUAUAGAGGAAACAAUUAGCACUUUGGAGGCUGCAAUAGAAAGGGUCCACACUACUCCACAAUGGGUACCUGUAACUUGGGUAUAUUGACAAAACCCUGACUAUGUCUAAAUGGCAGAUAUUAUUAACUAAA